AUGAACUCCCUGGGUGAACAAUUUCAGUGCGUCGUCCUCCUCGCUAGCGGCCCCGCAGAUGAGGCAGACGUGGCAACGGCGUACUGCGUCGCAGCCGUCAUGCCAACAACGGGAGCGGUGCCGCUGGCAGACGAGGUUGCAGGGCGUAUCGACGGCUUCUGCGCGGUGCACAGUGUUCCAUCCGCCGAUUGGGGGCACCACACGGCGGAACUCGUCGCGGCCGCCAAGGGCAAGGCACUGAAGCAUGUUAACGUGCUGCGUUGCGAGUCGAGCGAACUCGCCGCCACGAGAAAACUACUGCUGGCGCAACGGAACCCUACGCUUCUGCUGCUGGACAUCACCUGCGACAAGGCAGUGCCGUGCAACGGCGGUAACGACGAUGACGACGGCGGUAGGACGCAUGAAAGGUGGCGCUGGCUGCGGCCCACGCCGAGUUGUCACGCCGAGCUCUCCAACGGUGUGCGUGGCGCACAUGUGUACUUCCCGGUGGCGAUGCGUUGUUCGUAUCCUCUCUUUCGUGUGGGGGCGCCGCCGCCACUACCGCCGUGGACUGCGGUGGCUGUGACGCUCGAAGGACUGCUGCGCGAGGUAGGCUACAAAGUGGGUCGUUUACCUAAGUACGGAUCUUGA